ACAUUCCAAUUGGAUUGCACGAAAAAAUCCUCCAGAAACGCACGAGUUUCAAGUAUUUGCGAAGCGAUUUGGAAGUCCUUUACCCCAUACCAAUGUACAUUUUGUAUUAAGCUGCAAAAGGAGUCAUGUACCAAAGAUAUGUACUCCUCCAAUACCCUACACAAGCUCAGCGAGAACUAACAAAGAUGGGGUCGCCACCUUGAAAAUAUGGACAAAAGAUCCCAAAAAUCCUCGCAAGGUUAUCGAUGGCCAGCUGUAUCAAUAUUUUUACUAUGUUGAAGGCUUUAAGCCAAACGCUACAAAAUUGAUGAAGGACAGGUUUUUCACAGACAAGUGCGUAACAAUACGUGUUUUUAAUCAUUUUGUACCACAUUCGCCUCCGACGUGGUUGGAUGAUAUCUAUCCCAUAUUCAGACAGUAUGCUAAUUUGUAUCCCGUUAUGAAAAGGAUCGUGGAUUUGGGGAAUUAUUACGAUGUCGUGAAAAAGAGGAAACCAAUAUUAAUGACCAUGAAGAUGCCUAUGUCAGAUCCUAAUUACAUGCCUGUAACACGUGAUCUUUCUGAUUCAAAACGGAAAGCUAUCAUAGAAUGGCUGUCCAAUGAAAAGCCGUUAAUUGGAAGAUCACGUGAUCUCUACACUGUUGAAAAUCUCAGAAAAAAACUACAGACAGCUUUACAGAUAGAAUUCUCUACCAUACCCCCUUACAUGACAGCCAUGGCCAGUAUUAAACAGAACUAUAACAAUGAUAUCAAGAAUAUCAUCAAGACUAUCAUCACACAAGAAAUGAUUCAUAUGACGCUCGUUGCUAAUAUUCUUAAUGCCGUUGGAGGAAAACCAAAAUUCUACUCCAAGAAGUUCAGCACAGUUUACCCUACAAGUCUACCAGGCGGCGUUCAGCCUGAUUUAGUCGUACCCAUCCAAAAACUAUCCAUCGAGUUAAUAAGAAACGUCUUCAUGAAAAUAGAGCAGCCAGAGCUCAGCAUGCAAAGGCACUAUGAAUUUAAAAGUACAUUCGAUUUCGUAGAAAAACAUCAGAAGUCUGGUCAUAAUUUUAGAAUCGUCAAGAGAGAGUUGUCUCCUGAUGCAUCAGUGGAUGAAGAGGACUUUCCUUGCUUAGAUUCACAAAUGCGGGGAUCACUUGAUAAAGAUUUGACUGAAGAUCCAAGCUCAUGGCAUUUACAGUCGAAAAACCUUAGACCACAGAAUAAGCGCAGAAGUGGGCCUUUUCCCAUCUUAGACAGUGAUCUUAAAAAGCAGCACARCACAAUCGGAGGCUUYUACUACCACAUAGUGAAAAUGUUAUGCUACCUGACCAAAUGUGGCAACGACAACAGAAUUUUUACCGGCGAUCCUGCUAGACAAGUUGAUUUUAUCCAUGGUUCUGUGCACGGUAAAUCGCUUCAAGUAACAGACUUUUCCUCUGCACUAAGGGCAAUCAAAACAAUCCUCGAACAGGGCGAAGGAAGCUCACCUUGUAAUCCAAUGUUUUGGUCUAAUGGUACAGUAGACGAUCUCUCCCACUACUACUUAUUUUAUUCAAUUGUUGAAAAGAGACAAAUUAAAGUAUCUGAUGAUGUUCAGAAUGACGAGCUAACCAKUGGUGACAGCGACGACGAAUUUGCCAAGGUUUGUGGUGGAAAGUAUUCAUUCAAAGGACCGAAAAUAGUUUACGAUCCCAAUGGAGUUUGGCCUAUGAUACCAAACCCUAAGAUGUCUAAAUAUAAGAGAGGAUCUCUUGCUUUCUUGAAUGCCAAGGAAUACAACAAAGUCCAUACCAGGCUAUUAAAGUCACUAGAACGUAUAUUCAAUGGCUACCCUGACGACCUGAAAGAUGCUAUCGGGAUCAUGUACUCGCUGCAGGUUCACCUGGACAAACUAAUACGUACUCCUAUAGACCCRGACGGUGACCCCGAUGUUGGUCCCAACGCUGGACCGACUUUCGACUUUACACCUUGACACACCCUUAUUAUCACAACCUAGACUUUCCACUCAAAUUGUCUUUCCUCGRUGAAUUUCGACCAAACUUUGGUAAAAGUUAGGGCAUACCUCCAAUUUUAUGUCCCCGAGGUAUCGUGGAAAAAAGGCUUAAUUUGUUUGAAAUAGCUGCAAAAGCGUUUUCCUGGAUUUCCCCAUAUAACGCUUAAAUUAAAUCCGAUUUUCACAAAAUUUACUCAAUAUGAAUUUGAAUCCCUUGGUAAUCAUGCAGUAAAAUAUUAUUACGAUUUGACCAACUAAAUUACUUUUUGACCUAUUUCUUUCGUCCCAGUCGGCGUUCUAAACAACUGUAUCCAGACACCUUAAGCCUUAGCAAUUUCAAACACCUUUAAUUUCUGAUCCCUARAUGUUAGAGUGCUGAAACUUUCAGAUCAUACUCAUUGCAAUAUUUUCUUUCAACGGGUAGUAAUGAUAUAUUAAACAAC